UGUCUCUAUUCCUUCACCACUCACUACUCACCGUCGGAUCACAAACUCUCCUCGUCAACAUCACCACCGUUGAUCAACAACAAUGGCCCCGAUUGCUGUCGGCGACGUGUUACCGGACGGUACGCUCUCCUACUUCGACGAGGAAGACAAGCUCCAAUCUGUGUCCGUACACUCCCUCGCCGCCGGUAAAAAAGUCAUCCUCUUCGGCGUCCCCGGUGCCUUCACCCCCACUUGCAGCUUGAAGCAUGUGCCAGGGUUCGUUGAGAAAGCAGAGGAGCUAAAGUCAAAGGGAGUUGACGAAAUUUUGUUGAUUAGUGUGAAUGACUCGUUUGUGAUGAAGGCAUGGGCCAAGACUUACCCUGAGAACAAGCAUGUGAAGUUCCUUGCUGAUGGGGCAGCGAAAUACACCCAUGCUCUUGGUCUUGAGCUUGACCUUGGAGAGAAAGGACUGGGGACUCGUUCAAGGAGAUUUGCUCUCUUGGUAGACGACCUCAAAGUGAAGGUUGCAAAUGUUGAAUCUGGGGGUGAAUUCACUGUCUCCAGUGCUGAGGAUAUUAUCAAGGCACUUUAAAUUUACACUCAGACGCAUAUCCUUCCUUCCUCUCUUUUGUCCCUCACCUCCUUCCUGCUCUCUGCUGGGUUGUCUUCAGUCGUUAAAAGCAGAAUGUGAUGGAUGUGAAAAUAAAGAUGUUUUGGAUUCUGGAUCAUUAUGCUUGCAUCAUAUUUUACUCAUGGCAGUGGAUUAUAUUUAUGCUACGGGAUGGAUAUGGAAUUAAAGAUGCUGUUUGUUGCUUA